UUUUGUGAGAAACAAAUGUGUGGUAUUGUUGAUAAGCAAGAAGAAGUAAUUUGAUACUUUCUGUAAAAGAGUUUGAUGACGAAGUUUAUGCGGAUCAAUGGCAGAACCAACUCCUUUGUAGCAAAUCAUUUAUCCGAGUCUCUACAAUGCUUGGCUAGCACAUUAAGACGUUGGAGAAGUGGCCAACCUUCAGAAUCCUGGGAGGCUCAUAAGGCAGCAAUCCAAGCACUCAUAAAGCUGCCUUCAGGCGAGCUUGUUACAGGUUCAAGUGAUACAACUUUAAAACUUUGGAGAGGAAGCAAAUGUACACAUACUUUUGUUGGGCAUACAGAUCAAAUAUAGGCUGAUGCACUUGUUCUGAGGGGGAUCAGUUGCACAUUUGAGGAAGGGCACAAAAUACGUAUUGUUGGCAGAAUUGGCAGUGGCAAGACCACUCUCAUAGAGAUGAACCUGUUUUGUCCAGUGGAGCUAGCUAGAGGGACCAUUGUAAUGUAUCUAUUGAAACCUGUAGUAUUCCAUGUAAUGUUCACGAGAUUACGUAACUUUUAAAUUUUAAGUGUUCAUUUUUUUUCUAAUUCAGGAAAAUACUACAAGGUACAUCAUAAUUUUAGGGUUUUAUUUACUGUGUUUGGGAUUCAAGAACCUUUAUAUAGCUGUGUUAUUUGUUUUUU